AUCAAAGAAACCAAAAAGGAAAGACGAAGCAUAAAAACUAGAGAGAGAAAUGGCGACGUCGGGAACAUACGUUACGGAGGUUCCUUUAAAAGGGACGGCGGAGAAACACUACAAGAGGUGGAAGAGCGAAAAUUUUCUCUUCCCUGAUGCCAUCGGCCACCACAUUCAAAAUGUUACCGUUCACGACGGCGAAUGGGACUCCCACGGGGGUAUCAAGAUUUGGAACUACACAUUGGAUGGAAAGCAGGAGGUAUUUAAGGAGAAGAGAGAAAUAGACGAUGAGAAUAAAACAAUGACGGUUAGAGGACUUGAAGGUCAUGUAAUGGAGCUGUUCAAGGUUUAUGACCUCGUCGGCCAAUUUAUUCCCAAGACUGAAGAUAGUUGCAUAUGCAAAAUCACUAUGGUUUGGGAGAAGCGCAACGAUGAAGUCCCCGAACCAAGCAGCUACAUGAAACUCCUCAAGUGCAUGGUUCUAGACAUGGAGGACCACGUCCUCAAAGCUUAAUCAACAUCAUCAUUAUUAUCACCAUCACCAUCAAAAUUAUCACUCUCUCGAUGUACUUUCAAGGUGUUCUCCAUAUAAUAAUGAAUAAGUGUGGUCUUUUUUUUUGUGCUAAAUGAAUAAGGUGUGGUCUUGUACGCGGAGUUUCAUUUCUGUGAAACCGUUUGUUUUUGUAAGGUUGCUUUUUCUCUUGGGCAUGUUUUUGUAUCGAGUUCUACUUCUAUGUAAUGAUACUU